AUGCCACAACCAAUCACCAAAAGGCCAAACCUUAUUGCCGUUUUGCUGUUUGAGGUAUUGGUUGAAAUAUUCAAAAAUUUACAUUUCCUUAACGCUUCUCCACUUAAAUCUGUUUGCAGAGAAUGGCAAGAUGUUAUUGAGGAACUAUUCAUCUUUUACCCUACCGGUCCGAGUCCUUUCAGAUUAUCCGUAAAGAAGUAUUAUGUUAGAAAACAUUUCUGUUGGAACAAGAUGAUACUCAACUUUUUACAAUAUGUUGUUCCAAAAGAUUGUGGUGUAAUACCAUUGGUCAUCAGAGUGAUGGAACAUGAACAAUGUUUCUCCGAUUGUGAAAAUAAUCAAAAAGGGUUUCAAAGUAAGGUAGCUCAAAUAGCGAACACAAUGGAUGUAAAAGGGUACAUACAAACCCAAUCAUCGUAUGAAGAUAAUUUGGAAAAUAUGACCAUCAAAAGAGUUCUUGAUAUUUGUUGUCAAGAAAAACCUUCAAAGUUAAGGGAUUUCUUAGAACAAGUUUCUGACAUUGUUAACGAAGAUGGCGCUUCUUCAUUCAUAAUCAGAACCACAGAUAUCGUGAAUCCUGUAACACAAAGCCCUCAUUUCAUUCAAUAA